AUGGAUCCAUCACAAGUUCCAAACCUUUACAAACAACAACGGGGUCCUCCAAAGAUCAAAAACAAAAACCCCGCACCGAUUCAAAUUACAGCCGAGCAAAUUCUUCGUGAAGCUAAAGAGAGACAAGAAUCUGCAAAGAAAGCGCCUCGUCAAAAGAUUUCUGACUUGGAAGAAUUGUCAGAAUAUCGUUUACGUAAAAGAAAAGAAUUUGAAGAUGCAAUAAGAAGGAAUAGAUUAAAUAUCGGAAGCUGGUUAAAGUAUGCGACAUGGGAAGAAAGUCAAAAAGAAUUGAAUAGAGCGCGUUCAAUUUAUGAAAGGGCCUUAGACGUAGAUUCACGCAAUGUUACUCUUUUUAUUAAAUAUACCGAAAUGGAAAUGAAAAAUCGCAAUAUCAAUCAUGCUAGAAAUUUAUUUGAUCGUGCGGUUACUUUAUUACCACGAGUUGAUCAAUUUUGGUACAAAUAUACUUAUAUGGAAGAAAUGUUGGGAAAUGUCGCAGGAGCACGUCAAAUAUUUGAACGUUGGAUGCAAUGGGAACCGGAUGAAUCCGCAUGGAACGCUUAUAUAAAAAUGGAAAAGAGAUAUGGAGAAAUUGAUAGAGCAAGAGCUAUUUAUGAGAGAUUUGUUAAUGUACAUCCGGAACCAAAAAAUUGGCUUAAAUGGGUCAAGUUUGAAGAGGAGCAGAAUGAUUUGGAAAAAUGUCGAGAGAUCCUUAGUCAUGCCAUUGAAAUGUUAGGUGAAGAUCAUAUGGAUCAAAAGAUAUUUAUAGCAUUUGCAAAAUUUGAGACAAAGUUAAAAGAGUUUGAAAGAGCACGUGUUAUUUAUAAAUAUGCUUUGGAUAAGCUAUCUAGAUCUAAAUCAGAAUCAUUAUAUAACGCGUACACUCAAUUCGAAAAACAAUACGGUGACAAAGAUGGAAUAGAAGACGUGGUAGUUGGAAAGCGGAGGAUACAAUAUGAAGAGGAAUUAAAAGCAAAUCCAAAGAAUUAUGAUAUAUGGUUUGAUUACGCGAGAUUGGAAGAAAAUGCAGGCGAUGCCGACAAAGUUCGUGAAAUUUACGAACGCGCUAUUGCACAAGUGCCUCCGACACAAGAGAAAAGAUUCUGGAGACGAUAUAUAUAUUUAUGGAUAAAUUACGCGUUGUAUGAAGAACUUGAAACUAAAGAUUACGAUCGAACACGUCAAAUUUAUCAAGAAUGUCUGAAGAUAAUACCUCACAAAAAAUUCACAUUCGCAAAGAUAUGGUUGUUGUAUGCACAAUUUGAAACAAGACGAUUGGACUUACGGACAGCAAGAAAGUUUUUGGGAAUGGCGAUAGGAAUGUGUCCAAAGGAUAGGCUCUUUAAGGGAUAUAUUGAACUUGAAUUACAGCUACGAGAAUUUGACCGUUGUCGUACUCUAUAUACUAAAUAUUUGGAACAUAACCCAUCCAAUUGUUACGCAUGGAUUAAAUUCGCAGAACUAGAAAAGAUGUUAGGUGAUUAUGAUAGAUGUCGUGCAAUAUUUGAAUUGGCUGUAGAGCAACCAGUUUUAGAUAUGCCAGAGUUGUUAUGGAAGGCGUAUAUUGAUUUUGAAUUUACAGAAGAAGAAUUUGAAAAGACUCGUCUUUUAUAUCAACGUUUAUUGGAAAAGACUGGUCACGUUAAGGUUUGGAUUAGUUUUGCACAAUUUGAAUUGAACGCGGACGAAGGAGACGGGAAAGGUGCAUUAGAAAGAGCACGAAAAGUAUUUGAAACAGCUUACAAGAGUAUGAAAGAAAAAGAAUUGAAAGAAGAGGAAUUUGAAACCAAUCAUGGCACUCAAGAAACACUAUCAGCUAUAGAAGCUAAGAUGCCUAAAGUCGUCAAGAAACGACGUAAGCUUGAUGAAACUGAAGGACAGACAGGUGUUGCUUGGGAAGAAUAUUUCGAUUACAUCUUUCCUGAUGAUCAAACUCAACAACCGAAUUAUAAACUUUUGGCAACGGCACAUGCUUGGCAACAAAAGCAACAACAGCAGAAAAAGUAA